AUGGCGUCGGAUGACGAGCUAUGGGAUGCGCUUGAAGAAGAGCAAGGUGUAGAGGCAGAAGCGGACCCACCGCCACCAGAGGCGACAAAAGCGUCGCCACCAGAUGAGACUCCUGCGCCACCCGAUGAGACUCCUGCGCCUCCCGAUGAGACUCCUGCGCCACCAGAUGAGACUCCUGCACCACCACCUGAGCCAGACUCUGCGCCGCCACCACCUCCAGAUGGUGCCCCAGUUCCUGAGGCGCCACCCCCUCCGGGCAGCGAGUGCGAAGGCUGCAAGAUGCCUUUGUACAAUUCCACAUCCUCGAGCUCUUCCGGGCUCUGUGUUCCUUGCAGGUUCAAAGGAUGUAAUCCGUGGCUCCCUGCCAAGAAGCUCCUCCACUGGAGCACGCUUAAGGCUGGAGCUCCCAACAUCAUCAAGCUGCCAAUCAUGGGCUUCAUAGAGUACAGGACAGGGCGUCUGCUGCCUGACUAUGUUCUGGAGGUGCGAUGUUUGAGGGUCGAUGCGCCAGAGUGGCGCUACGAGCUGGUUCACAGCUGGCCAAGUGGAAUCUCAAUAUUCGUCGGUGAUCGCAGAGUUCUUGUGAAGAAGCCGGACGAUGAACAUUUCGAGGCGCCAGGGCCUUUCAACCUGACGGACUUUGUGGCGCGACGGCCACUGGAGGUCAACCAUCCGAUGCAGGUGAAUGUUGCCAUAACGGCGAAGAAGACAGAGAUCUGGGCCAUUGGCUUUGUGCUGAGCCUGGGCGCGCUCAGGGAUGAUGAGGUCACUGAGCAGGUGGCCCAACAGCAGCCGCCACUUGAGGACCGGAUGAAGCUUGAUCUGGAGCGCGUUCGAUUGUGGGUCAACGAGCACAGACCUGAUCGGGUGUCAAAGAAGGACACGCUGCGCUGUGUGGAGCCACCUGUACUGAAGCUGAUUUGCUGCACUAGCCUGCUUCGAAUCGAGCGAGCUGCACGAGGUUCCAGGUGUGAGCAUCUGCAAUGCUUCGACUUGCACUCGUACAUCCACACGAUGCGGAGCAUUCCGCCAAAACAUGCCUGGUGUUGCCCUAUCUGCGACCAACCUGCACCACUGCAUCAGCUCAGACUGGAUGCCUUCGCACAGUCUGUAGUGGACAGCACGGCAGCCAAUGUCACAGAGGUGCUGGUAGCGGAUAAUGGUAAGUUCGAGGUGUCUGCGACAGAAGAGCUGCAGCAGGACUCCUCAGACGAAGAGGCCAUCAAGGCGGAGCAGGCUGUGCAAGCAGCGGCUGCGGCCGGAGUACCAGUGGCACCUCGCUCCACUCCGGUCCUUCUGUCUCAGGCGGAGCUGCAGCAAGCUGCUCUGAAUCUGGGUCGUGCUUUCUCAGCUCCAAAAGCGGCAGCUCCGCCAGCGCCAGCUCCAGAAGCCAAGCCCAAAGUAGAACCUCCGAAGGCCAAGGAAAGGGAAAAGCCAAGGAGCCGAAGUCCCAGGCGAGGUGGUCAGGAGUCGCCUCCUCAAGAGGAGCCCGUCGACAAGAUGAAGGUCUGGAAAGUGCUACAGGGACUCGAAAAGCCCCCAGAGAAGCCGAAAGAGCCGGAACCGGUGGAACCGGUGGAACCGGUGGAGCCGGAGCCGAAGCCGGAGGAGGAGAAGCGCAUUGGUUGGCUACCCGACGGUGCGACAUGCUCCCUGUGCUCAAAGACUGUUGUAGAGAAGGGCGGCGUGCACUGUGGUCGCAAGCGCUCUUCCGGAGACUUUGCAGGCUGCUUUGAGGCACUCUGCUCAUCUCUGACUCAUUCUGCCGAUUGGAAGGGAAACACAAUCUCGGACCUGCGCCAGCACAACAUCGCCACCAACGGCUGA